AGUGAGUGCCUCCCGUCUCUUCUACCCGAACCCCCCCUCCCCCCCCCAGCAGAGAGACCCCAGCAGCAGCAGCAGCUGAUGAUGAAGAGAGAGGCAGUGGCAGAGGGGGGGCACCUUUUAUUUCUAUUUUUAAAGGGACAGGACACUAAUUUUACCCCACUUCAACCUUGAAUUGAGGGGGGUGGGGGGAAGGCGGCUGAGUUCCUUCCCCCACCCUCCAGCCCUGAGACCUGAGAGGGGGAUUGAGCCUGAGAGAGAAGAAGAAGGAGUUUCUUCUUCUUCGAAAACCCCCAUCCACGACUCCUACCCCCUCACCCCUCCACUAGCCUCCCUCCCGAGCCCCCUCCACCCUCCUCCUCUUUGGCCGUGAGAGGAGGAGAGAAAGAGACCAAAAGCCUCUUAGCAACACAGACCCUUCUCUGCUGCUGCUGCUGCUGCUACUGCUGCUGCUGCUUGGCCCUGGCUGGAGACAUCUCACUACACCCAGGAGCAGCCACUUCCCCAGCUCUCCUCCUCCUUCGCCUCCUCCUCCUCCACUCCCCCCCCUUUAUUACCCUUUGUGUCAUCCUCCACAGCUCCAGGGAAGGCACUCAAAAGUGGGGGGCAGGAAAGAUGCUUAUUGAGGAUGCCAGUUUCUGCAUAUGGGAAGUAGAUAUUGAAGGUUAUAUGGUUUACAGACAAGAUCUUUAAAAUAUAGAUACUCAAGAGAGAAGAGGUACUCCCUUAUAGGGACUCAUAAAGGCAUAGAGCAUCUAGAGAUUUACUGCCUCCAUUACGCUGCUGGCUCUCACAGCACUUGUUAUGUUUUUAUCAGUUUCUCUCCAGAAGUAAGAAAUUCAUCAUUCAGAGUGGGAAAGAAAGUCACAGAAUCUCAAGAGAUUGGAAACCCAAGUGCCUACAGAGGCCAGGCUGGUGGGAAUGAAGCAGGAAGCCACUGCACUGAACUGGAGAGCCAAGUCCUUUCUGAAGGAGCAGUCACUGCUCCGUUCCAGAUAAUUGUUGCAAGGCAGGAAUGUUGACCUAGUAUUACCACAUCAUCCAGUCUCUCAGGCUACAUUAUUGGAAUUUUGAAGACAUGAAAACAUCAGAUGAACCAACCUGCAACAUCUUGGAUUCAGAUUGGAAGAUGAAGAGAAAGUUUAAAGAAUGUGGCCUCUAAAGGCGGGUAGUACCUGGAAAUAUUAACCGACUCACACUGUAAAAAUGAGACCGGUUUCUAGACAAUAGAGGUUAUUUUAGUCUGACAUCAAGGUUCAAGACAAAAUGUUGAACUAAAAACUUUACACUCCUCCCCUCCCCCACUUCAGACAGGUACCAGCAUUGGUGAAUAUGAUUUUCCUUAGUCAGAAGCACUCAUUUUUACCCAUGUAGACCAUCCUUAGGAAUUAAAUAUUGGUUAUUUAAUGUAGAUUAUAAUGGGAAACUGAUUUUUUCCACAAUGGCAGAUUUCAAGGACUUGGUUCCAAACUGAGCCGAAGCUUCCCAAUGCAUUUUGUACAGUCUGGGAAAAACUGUGCUGCACUGGCCAUUUUUGAAGGCCAUCAUGCCCUGUAAUAUAAGGAUAUCAUCUUAUUGCUGAUAUCUUUGGAAAGUCCCAAGCAGACACAGAAAAUGAAUGGAGGCAAGGACUGUGACGGAGGGGACAAAGAUGGAGGUCUUCCAGCUAUACAAGUUCCUGUGGGUUGGCAGCGUCGUGUGGAUCAAAAUGGAGUGCUUUAUGUCAGUCCCAGUGGGUCUUUGUUAUCUUGCUUGGAGCAGGUUAAAACAUACCUGCUUACUGACGGAACAUGCAAGUGUGGCUUGGAAUGUCCUCUUAUUCUUCCCAAGGUGUUUAAUUUCGAUCCUGGAGCUGCUGUGAAACAGAGAACCGCAGAAGAUGUUAAAGCAGAUGAAGAUGUCACAAAGCUAUGCAUACAUAAAAGAAAAAUCAUUGCAGUGGCCACACUUCAUAAGAGCAUGGAAGCCCCACAUCCUUCUCUGGUGCUCACCAGUCCUGGGGGAGGAACAAAUGCAACUCCAGUGGUACCUUCUCGGGCAGCAACUCCAAGAUCUGUAAGAAAUAAGUCGCAUGAAGGAAUUACAAAUUCUGUAAUGCCUGAAUGUAAGAAUCCUUUCAAGUUAAUGAUUGGAUCAUCCAAUGCCAUGGGAAGGCUAUAUGUACAAGAACUGCCUGGAAGCCAGCAACAAGAACUCCACCCCAUCUACCCCCGGCAGAGACUGGGCAGCAGUGAACAUGGACAGAAAUCUCCAUUCCGUGGCAGCCAUGGAGGCCUCCCCAGCCCAGCAUCGUCAGGUUCCCAGAUAUAUGGAGAUGGCUCAAUCUCUCCAAGGACUGACCCACUUGGAAGCCCUGAUGUUUUCCCAAGAAAUAAUCCUGGUUUUCAUGGAGCUCCCAAUUCUAGUCCUAUUCAUCUAAAUAGGACUCCUCUUUCUCCACCUUCAGUAAUGCUACACGGUUCUCCCGUACAGUCAUCCUGUGCAAUGGCUGGAAGGACUAAUAUACCUCUUUCCCCAACCUUGACUACAAAGAGUCCAGUAAUGAAAAAACCAAUGUGUAAUUUUUCAACUAAUAUGGAAAUACCACGAGCAAUGUUCCACCACAAACCACCCCAAGGCCCACCUCCCCCUCCUCCACCUUCUUGUGCUCUUCAGAAAAAGCCAUUAACAUCCGAGAAAGAUCCACUUGGCAUUCUUGACCCUAUUCCCAGUAAACCGGUGAAUCAGAACCCUGUUAUCAUUAAUCCAACUAGUUUCCAUUCAAAUGUCCACUCUCAGGUACCUGUGAUGAAUGUAAGCAUGCCUCCUGCUGUUGUUCCUUUGCCAAGUAAUCUCCCUUUGCCAACCGUAAAACCUGGUCAUAUGAAUCAUGGGAGUCAUAUACAAAGAGUUCAGCAUUCAGCUUCAACCUCCCUGUCCCCUUCUCCAGUGACAUCCCCAGUGCACAUGAUGGGGACUGGAAUUGGAAGGAUUGAGGCAUCGCCCCAAAGAUCACGCUCAUCUUCCACAUCAUCAGAUCACGGAAAUUUCAUGAUGCCACCUCUAGGACCCCAGGCCACUUGUAGUGGUAUUAAGGUUCCACCCAGGUCACCAAGGUCAACAAUAGGGUCCCCAAGGCCAUCAAUGCCAUCAAGCCCUUCUACCAAGUCCGAUGGACACCAUCAGUACAAGGAUAUCCCUAACCCAUUAAUUGCUGGAAUGAGUAAUGUACUAAAUUCCCCAAGCAGUGCAGCUUUUCCGACUGCAUCUGCCGGAAGUGGUUCCAUAAAGAGUCAGCCUGGUUUGCUGGGAAUGCCUUUAAAUCAGAUCUUGAACCAGCACAAUGCUGCCUCCUUUCCAGCAAGUAGUUUACUCUCAGCAGCAGCCAAAGCACAGCUAGCAAAUCAAAACAAACUUGCUGGUAACAACUGUAGCAGCAGUAGCAAUUCUGGAGCUGUUGCUGGCAGUGGCAACACUGAAGGACAUAGCACUUUAAACACCAUGUUCACUCCUACUGCCAACAUGCUUCUCCCAACAGGGGAAGGGCAAAGUGGUCGAGCAGCACUAAGAGAUAAGCUGAUGUCUCAGCAAAAAGACUCAUUGCGGAAAAGAAAACAGCCACCUACCACAGUGUUGAGUUUGCUCAGACAGUCUCAAAUGGAUAGUUCUGCAGUUCCUAAACCUGGACCCGACUUGCUAAGAAAGCAGGGUCAGGGUUCAUUUCCCAUCAGUUCAAUGUCUCAGUUACUACAGUCUAUGAGUUGUCAAAGCUCUCACUUGAGUAGCAAUAGUACCCCGGGUUGUGGGGGCUCAAAUACUGCUUUGCCUUGCUCUGCUAACCAGCUGCAUUUUACAGAUCCCAAUAUGAACUCCAGUGCUCUUCAGAAUUCACUGACACAGAACAUACCUUUGAGAGGGGAAGCCGUGCACUGCCACAAUGCAAACACUAACUUUGUUCACAGUAACAGCCCAGUCCCAAACCACCAUCUUGCAGGUUUAAUAAAUCAGAUUCAGGCUAGCGGGAACUGUGGGAUGCUCAGUCAGUCGGGCAUGGCUUUAGGAAAUUCAUUACAUCCCAAUCCACCUCAGUCAAGAAUUUCAACGUCCUCCACUCCAGUGAUACCAAACAGCAUUGUUAGCAGCUAUAAUCAAACAAGUUCUGAAGCAGGCGGUUCAGGACCAUCAUCCUCCAUAGCCAUAGCUGGCACCAGCCACCCUGCCAUCACAAAGACAACAUCUGUUCUUCAAGAUGGCGUCAUAGUUACCACCGCAGCUGGAAACCCACUGCAGAGUCAGCUGCCUAUUGGGAGUGAUUUUCCUUAUGUUGGCCAAGAGCACGCACUUCAUUUUCCAUCCAACAGCACUUCAAACAACCAUCUUCCACACCCCUUGAACCCCAGCCUCCUCAGUUCUCUACCUAUCUCUUUGCCAGUGAAUCAACAGCAUCUCCUAAACCAGAAUCUAUUAAAUAUCCUCCAGCCUUCAGCAGGAGAAGGCAAGUCUGAGAUCAACCUCCACCCUUUAGGUUUUCUCAACCCGAAUGUAAACGCUGCUUUAGCUUUUCUCUCCGGUGACAUGGAUGGGCAGGUAUUGCAGCCUGUUCACUUUCAGCUCUUAGCAGCCCUGCUUCAGAACCAAGCCCAAGCAGCUGCCAUGCUUCCCCUGCCAUCUUUCAAUCUGACCAUCUCAGAUCUUUUGCAACAGCAAAAUACCCCUUUACCCUCAUUAACACAGAUGACAGCCCCACCAGACCAUUUGCCAAGCAAUCAGUCAGAGAACAGCCGAGCUGAGACCCUUUUAACCAGCCCCCUGGGGAACCCUUUACCGAGCUUUGCAGGCAGUGACACUACUUUUAACCCCCUGUUCCUCCCAGCUGUCACUGGGGCCUCAGGAUUAAUGGCCUUGAAUCCCCAGCUGUUGGGAGGUGUCCUGAACUCAGCAUCGGCCAACACCGCUAAUCAUCCAGAGGUUUCCAUAGCAACUUCCUCCCAGGCAACCACUACCACAACCACUACAUCAUCAGCAGUGGCAGCACUGACUGUCUCAACACUUGGUGGGACAGCAGUGGUGUCAAUGGCAGAAACAUUGCUGAAUAUAUCUAAUAAUGCUGGGAAUACACCUGGUCCAGCUAAACUCAACAGUAACUCUGUGGUGCCACAGCUACUUAACCCUCUACUGGGGACAGGUCUGCUUGGUGACAUGUCCUCAAUAAACAAUACAUUGAAUAACCAUCAACUGACUCAUCUGCAGUCGCUGUUAAACAACAAUCAGAUGUUUCCUCCAAAUCAGCAGCCGCAGCAGCAACUUCUCCAGGGGUACCAGAACCUGCAAGCAUUUCAAGGACAGCCCACAAUUCCUUGCCCGGCUAACAGUAACCCUAUGGCUUGUCUGUUUCAGAACUUUCAGGUGAGAAUGCAGGAAGAUGCAGCUCUCCUAAACAAAAGAAUAAGCACUCAGCCGGGGCUCACAGCUCUUCCUGAGAAUCCAAACACCCCACUUCCACCUUUCCAAGAUCCAUCUUGUGAGUUGCAGCCGAGGAUUGACUCAUCUCUUGGUCAGCAGGUGAAGGACGGCCUCAUUGUGGGCGGCCCAGGCGAUGCUUCUGUGGAUGCCAUUUACAAAGCAGUGGUUGAUGCAGCCAGCAAAGGAGUGCAGGCUGUCAUCACCACUGCAGUCAACAGUACAACUCAGAUCAGCCCCAUUCCAGCUCUGAGUGCCAUGAGUGCCUUCACUGCCUCGAUUGGUGACCCAUUAAGUCUCCCCAGUGCUGUCAGUGCAGUCAUUCAUGGACGAAACAUGGGCAGUGUCGAUCAUGAUGGUAGGCUAAGGAAUGCAAGAGGGGCUCGGCUGCCCAGGAAUCUGGACCAUGGGAAGAACUCAAAUGAAGGAGAUGGGUUUGAAUAUUUCAAGUCAGCAAGUUGCCACACAUCCAAAAAACAGUGGGAUGGGGAGCAAAGCCCUGGAGGGGAGCGAAACAGGUGGAAGUGUGAGGAAUUCUUAGAUCAUCCAGGCCAUGUCCACAGUAGUCCUUGUCACGAAAGGUCCAACAAUGUCUCCACACUGCCAUUUCUGCCUGGGGAACAGCACCCGGUACUGUUACCACCAAGAAACUGUCAAGGGGAUAAAAUUCUGGAGGAAAAUUUCAGGUAUAAUAACUACAAAAGAACUAUGAUGAGUUUUAAGGAGAGACUAGAGAACACUGUGGAAAGAUGCGCACACAUUAAUGGGAACAGACCUCGACAGAGUCGGGGCUUUGGAGAGCUGCUGGGCACUACAAGGCAAGACCUGGUCCUAGAGGAGCAAUCUCCAAGCUCCUCAAAUAGUUUGGAAAAUUCUCUAGUCAAAGACUACAUCCAUUACAAUGGAGACUUUAAUGCCAAAAGCAUUAAUGGGUGUGUGCCUAGCCCUUCAGACGCUAAGAGCAUUAGUAGUGAAGAUGACCUAAGGAAUCCAGAUUCCCCUUCUUCAAAUGAGUUGAUACAUUAUAGGCCAAGGACGUUCAAUGUUGGCGACUUGGUCUGGGGCCAAAUCAAAGGACUCACUUCUUGGCCUGGAAAAUUAGUAAGAGAAGACGACGUUCACAAUUCAUGUCAACAAAGCCCCGAGGAAGGGAAGGUGGAGCCCGAGAAGUUGAAGACACUAACAGAAGGUUUAGAAGCCUACAGCCGAGCCCGGAAAAGGAACAGAAAAAGUGGAAAGCUAAAUAACCAUUUAGAAGCUGCUAUUCAUGAGGCCAUGAGUGAACUGGACAAAAUGUCUGGGACUGUUCACCAAAUCCCACAGGGAGACAGACAAAUGAGACCCCCCAAACCCAAGAGGAGGAAGAUCUCCAGAUAACAGGGACUACUCCACCAAUGCGCAGUGUUUAUUAAAGGAACGUGCACAGAUAUUAUCUCUAUAUAGGUAUUGAUAUAGCCACUGUUAUAUCAGUAUUUAUACUAUGGCAGAUAGCUACCACCACCACAGGGUGCUAAAAGAAACAGUGAUACGAUAUUUUUUUUUUGAUGAGGAAGGAUAAUGAAUGCUGGAAAACCAAUCAAAAUCCCUGAAUGAUGAGAGUAAUAAAUGGUCAAGAGAUUACUGAGAAACUUUUUCUAUAAUACUAAAAUUGUGAUUAUAAGAAAUGUCCACAUGUUUCUGAAGAAUUUUCAAUGUUGUAUAUAGAAAAUGCAGAAUUUCAUGGCGAUAUCAGAAAUGUAAAUAUUGUACAAUAUUGUCAUGUACAAGCGUACCUAAUGCACACUUUAUCUUUUAUUGUACAAAGAAAUAGUGUACAAAAUCCUUUGGUUUCUAUGGAGUACACCUACCAGAGACUACCAGUGUAAAGUGAUAAAUAAAAAUACAACCUAAAUGCUUUUCUAUGAUAAUGUAAAAGAUGCUGUUUUUGUAUUUAACAGCAGAGAAAAGGCAUGACGAUGUAUUACCUGAAUUAUGACAUACAUUGCACACCACCGAGUGUCCAUUUCUAUUGUCUGUUUGGAAUGAACCUUAUCCGGAAGCACUGGACCCGAUUUCGGGUGCCUAGGAAAUCAAAACCUUGCAGAUUCCUAAAGGGAUGAGGGCUCACAGGUCUAAAUUAAGAAUUCAGAAACUGCAACCAUUUGUUGCAUAUUUUUUUUACCUAAGUUUUAAAGUAGAAUAGGUUUUAUAAAAAAAAAAAAUCUUAGAUGGAAUAUUUUACUCAGUCAUUUCUGUAGUUAAUGUUUGAUAGCCACCUCUUGACUCAGAUAGCUUAGGCCGCACCACCACGGAUGCUCAGAGUUGAAUUUUUUUGGCAAACAAUACCGGACAAGAUAAAACUCUGUUUCCACACCUGGAGGCAAAAGCCCCCCUUCAAAACCAUUAUCAGAGGUAAGGUUGAUUAUAAGUCAGUUUUCUUGUAGUGGCAAAAAAAAAAAAAAAAAAAAAUACCAAUCAUCACAGCAAGUGUCAUAGCCAUUCAUCAGUAUUACUCAAACCAGAAGUGAAGGUGGCUUACAAAAUUAUUAGCAAUGGUAAUUUUUUAUCAGUAUUAUGUAACAUAUCAGAUUUAUUUUAUUUAAAGAAUUAUUUAUACCAUUAACAGAUUCUUAUAUAUAUUAAUGUGGCUGAAAUGUGCAGGUUAAAUCUAUUAACCAAAUUAUUUAUAUUAUAUUAAGUAAGAAAAAAAUGUGAAACAAAUGUAGAGAGAAAAUACUACAUUACAAGUAUACAAACCUAAAACUGUGAGCCAUUGUAAAGUACAAGGUUAUUAAUAAGAAAUGUAGCACAACAUGAUUUUCCGUCUUUUUUCACGAUUUUUGUGGUGGUGGUAUAACCCUGUCUCCCACGCACUUGAGAGAAGUUUCAGGCCUCCAGCCUGACUUCAGCUGAUGGAUUGUCAAAAGAAGGGAUCCAUUAUCCCUUUAUUCUUAGAAUCACCAGCCCCCACCCCUAAACCCAUAAACCCCUAGAGAGCGCUCGCUGCCUUGUCCCCUAGCCUGGGGCUCACUCAACAGCUUCAUGCUCCAGUUGCCGGGAGCCCUUCAAUAGCAGGCUCUAGACCCCCAGAUGCCCACCACCUCCACUAUCCCUCCUCUCUCAUCCACCCCGCAUACUCCUCACUCCCACGAUGUAGCAGAGUUCCAGUAACUCAGGAAAAAGGAGACCAAGGUCAUUCUUCCAGUUGGUUUCUUGGGGCCACAGCACAGAGCACUCCACCAGGGCUCACUUUUGAUAGCAACAGCUCCUUAGUUCUUCCCCCCAGGGUCUCCUGGGUCUCCUGUGUCUCACUGUACUUUCACUCCCACCCUCACCCCUACCCCCACGCCUGAUGGAAUACAACUGGCAUCCAGGCUUCAUGGCCUGGAGGCAGGAAACCUUCCUUGUAGGGGUAGGUCCAUUUUGUCUUUCAUGUAACAGUGGGAUUGCCUGCCGGUCCUUCACGCAGUCGCCCUAAGUAAUCUUUUGUGUAGUUCAGUUGACACAUCUUUGCGUGUUUGCUAUGUUUAAACCAUAAAUGUCCUUUGUUGUCCCCCCACCGAUCUGCUUUUCUACUGUUCUGUCUACAUGGUUGUUUUUAUUCCCAGAUAGAUGCAUAUGCGUGUUUGUGCAUGAUGUGUGUCUGCGUAUAUGUGGGUGUGGAUGUGUGUGUUGAUACGUAGAAGUUUUUUUAGCCUUUCCUGUCUUUAGAACGAGUUUGUGUCCACCUGGCCUUCUUUUAGAUAUUUUAAGCUAAUUAGAUGUGUGGUUCCCCACCAAUGUAUACUUUACAUCUGUAGACCAUGUAAAGUAUGUUUGUGCCCAUGAUUUCACUGGUUGCUUAUGGCUUUGAUGUGGCUGCUAGGUGUUGUUGUUCCAGUCCACAUGGGGUUUUCCCCCCUCUCUUUUACAGUUAUAUGGUUUCGUGUAAGCAGUUAAUGUAAAUAUUGUUAGCAUUACAGGUCAUGCAGUGCUGUAACAUUUUUUUAAAUGUUGCACCUACUUUACAAUUAAAAACUUGGUCACUCAUACUUGAA